UUCAUCAUCUACAAAACCCUUUGGAGGAAGAGCUUUUUGGCAAAGCUGAUACAAAGAGCUCUUUGUUCUUCCAGAUAUGGAGGUUGAAAAGAGGUCAGAGGAUGUUGUGACUAUUGAUGUUCGAGAUGCCAGAGAUAUGUUACAGAAAGGUUAUCUUUAUUUAGAUGUCAGGUCAGUUGAAGAGUAUAACAAGAGCCAUGUUGAGAAUGCACUUAACGUACCUUACAUGUUCAUCACCCCACAAGGCCGAGUAAAGAAUCCAGACUUUCUUGCCCAAGUUUCAUCUGUAUUGAAGAAGGAAGAUCAUCUGGUUGUGGCCUGCAACAGCGGUGGUAGAGCACUACGUGCUUGUGUCGAUCUUCUUAAUGCAGGUUUCGAGCAUGUGAGAAAUAUGGGAGGAGGCUACUCUGCUUGGGUUGACAGUGGAUUUUCUGGUAACAAGCCACCUGAAGAGCUCAAAAUAGCUUGCAAAUUCCGAGGUUGAAAUGCCCUUGGCCUUCGGAUGAACAUCCAAAUUUGUCUUAGUUUGUGUUGUCUGCCUGUAAAAAAAACCAUAAAUUCUACAUUUCCAGAAGUUGAGCACAUCAAAAUGUUGGGGUCACUCUUAAAUUGCACACAACAAGGAUUUAUAUUCGAUAUUAAAGCAGAUAUACUAUUCCUCAAACAACAACAGAGAGGGGAUGAUUUCUGGGUAAA